AUGUCUAUUCAAGAUGCAGAUCGUGGCUUUAUCGCAAAGCUUGACCCUUGCGUAAUCAAAGAUGAAGAUGGUCAUGUUAUUUGGAAUAACGAUGCAUAUGAUUUCUUGAUCAACUCGCAUUGUCCGGAGACAGCUAAUCCGAAGCUAUGGCGACAGGCACAACUUGUAAGCAAGCAAGGCUUAUUCAAGGUCACUAGCGGUGUAUAUCAGGUCCGCGGUUUUGACCUUUCAAAUAUGACUAUCAUUGAAGGUGAUAGUGGAAUCAUCGUGGUGGACCCCCUCACUUCCGCUGAAUGUGCACGAGCAGCACUCAACUUGUAUUAUGAGAAUCGUGCCAAGAAAUCUGUGAUGGGCAUGAUCUAUACACACUCACACGCUGACCAUUUUGGAGGUGCGAAGGGAGUCUUCGAAUCGAAUAAAGAUUGCACCGUACCUAUAUUGGCACCGUAUGGCUUUCUUGAACAUGCUGUCUCUGAGAAUAUUUAUGCUGGAAACGCUAUGGCUCGCAGGGCUGCGUAUAUGUACGGUGACCAAUUACCAAAAGGACCGUCAGGUCAAAUUAGCUGCGGUCUGGGAGCAACAGUUUCUGCGGGAACGGUGACCUUAUUACCUCCAUCGGUCGAUAUAACGCAUACCGGCCAAGUAGAGGUGAUUGACGGAGUAGAGUUCGUCUUUCAAGUCACUCCUGGAACAGAGGCGCCCGCGGAAAUGAACUUUCAUCUCCCGCAACGGCGAACCUUGUGCGUCGCGGAAAAUGCGACUCAAUGUCUUCACAAUAUUGCCACUCUCCGAGGCGCCGCCGUCAGGGAUGCUCUUGCAUGGUCUUCAUAUUUGGACGAAACGAUUGUUCUCUUCGCUGGAACUUCAGAUGUCGUUUUUGCUUCUCAUCAUUGGCCCACAUGGGGCCAAAAAACUCUGUUGAACUAUCUUACGCAGCAGCGUGACCUUUACGCAUUUUUGCAUGACCAGACGUUGCGCUUAAUGAAUGAUGGCUUAACGGGUAUUGAAAUUGCCGAGCAGUUGGAGCUCCCCGAUCGAUUGCGAGAUUCUUGGCACACGCAGGGAUUUUAUGGCUCUGUGAGCCACAACGUCAAAGCCAUUUAUCAGCGUUAUAUGACAUGGUUCGAUGGAAAUCCGUCUCAUCUAUGGGAGCACCCGCCAGUCGAAGCGGCGAAACGAUAUGUGUAUUGUAUGGGCGGCAUGGAAGCAGUGCUCCAGAAAGCGAGGGAAUUUUCUGACAAAGGGGAUUUACGAUUCGCUGCAUCGCUUCUCAACCAUGCUGUGUUCGCCGAUCCUGAGAACACAAAUGCCAAAUCUUUACUCGCAUCUACGUACGAAACUUUGGGUUAUGGAUGUGAGAAUGGCCCUUGGCGAAAUUUUUAUAUUUCAGGCGCAAGGGAGCUACGUGGUGUGAAGCCAAAAGACAACGUACUGUCCGGUCAGGCCGGGCUGACUGAGGCUUUGUCACUUCACCAUCUCUUGGCUUCGGUUGCUGUUCGGCUGGAUGGCACUCGAGCGCAAACAAGAGAUUUCAUCAUCGAUCUUUAUGUGACCGAUCGAGACGAACACUGCCGGUUACUAGUUAGUAACGGGGCGUUGAUACACCGCACUGGAAAAGGCUCGUCGAAGUCAUCUGCGCUGGAUUCGGCCGAUUUCUCAUGCACACUUACAUAUGACCAAUUGGUUCAGUCCUUGUCGGCUAGACAGGCAUUAGGAACUUUCGGCGAAGAGCAGGGAGAUCGCUCUUGUUGGAACGGACUACUUGAUCUACUCUCCACCCCGAAGGCAACGUUUGAAAUCGUUAUUCCUUGA